CUCACGGCGCCGCCGCCAUCGCCCCGGCCCUGAGGUGAGGCGGCGGGGCCUGGGCCUGGGCUCGCCCCGCGCCGCCGCCAUGUUGUGCCGCGGGGACGGGCUGCUGGGCUCCCUCACGGCGCUGCUGGUGGUGCUGCUGGCGCUGAGCCGCAGCCCGGCGCUGUCGUGCGUGCUGCCGGCCGGCCUCUACCUGCUGCUGCACGUCUGCAGCCUGGAGCCCGCCGCCCCGCAGAGCGCCCAGCGCGUCCUCAAGCCCCGCGGCGCCGCCGCCCGCAUCGCCCACCGCGGCGGGGCGCACGACGCGCCCGAGAACACGCUGGCGGCCAUCCGACAGGCAGCUGAGAAUGGAGCAACAGGUGUUGAGCUGGAUCUUGAAUUUACUGCGGAUGGUGUUCCUAUUCUAAUGCAUGAUGAAACAGUAGAAAGAACAACUGAUGGGUCUGGCAGACUGCGUGACUUGACUUUUGAUGAAAUUAGGAAGCUUAAUCCAUCUGCAAAACAUAGGCUAUGGAGCAAAUUCCAGGGUGAAAAGGUACCAACUCUGAGAGAAGCUGUUGUGGAGUCUAUGCAUCACGACCUUACAAUCUACUUCGAUGUCAAAGGCCAUGCAAAUCAGGCAGUUGAUGCCCUAAAACAACUCUACCUGGAAUUUCCUCGUUUGUAUAACAGCAGCAUAGUCUGUUCUUUCAUGCCAGAUGUUGUUUAUAAGAUGAGACAAGCUGAUAGAAAUGUGGUAACAGCCCUGACACACAGGCCUUGGCACCUGAGUCAUCUUGGAAAUGGGACGCCUCGUUUUGACUCCUUCUGGAAACAUUAUUUAUAUAUGAUGAUGGAUGUCAUUCUAGAUUGGAGCCUACACAGUUUCUUAUGGAGAUUAUGUGGGGUUUCAGCUUUCCUCAUACAGAAAAAUUUUGUUUCUCAAGAUUAUGUGAGGCACUGGUCUUCAAAAGGAAUUCAGGUGGUUGCCUGGACAGUGAACACAUUUGCAGAAAAAAUAUAUUAUGAAAACGUCCUUGAAUCCAGCUACAUCACAGACAGCUUGGUGGAAGACUGUGAUCCUCAUUACUAGGCCUGUGACUAAUUAUUCACCACCUUAAAGAAGCUCUCUUACUCAGGCAGGUCUGAAUUUACCAUCAAGACAGUAUCCACUAAUGCAGAUGGGACUACUAAUGAUAGUUCAGGGAAGAGGAGGAACAGUAUUUUACUUCUGCUAUAUGAUCAGGUCUUGAAUGCAGGAAAACUUUCUGGUGCAACGCUGACCAAAGCUGACGUACAGCCAGUGGUAGUCUGGGGAAAUGGCAUUGUAAUGUAAAAGGGUCAUUUUUGAUAAGCUAACUGGGCAAUCUCUGUAUGUGCAGAUUGCUUUAUAAUUCCGACUAUUCCUUUGCUUUGUUUAAAUCUUGGUUAUAAAGUCAUAUCAGCCUUUUUGAUGGCAUAAUGUAAAAUUGCACUUUGAUUCUAGUACUUGAAACAGUUUGUUCUAUAACUGUGUAAUGAUUUGAGGUUUGUUUGUGGUAUCUUAAAAGCAUCUACACUAUUGUUCUGAAAACAACGGUGAAAAUGGUGCCAAAAUAGAGGGCGAGUGUAUUUCCCUCCUGCUGCAUGGAAAAACGGCUGUGUUGCAUCUUAAUAGGGAAAGAAAAGUCAACAAACCAUGUUCCUUGUGAAGACUAUGAGAAUUAAUGAUUAAAACUUGAUUAUCUUCUUAUGCUCCAGUCUUUUUAAAAGCACCAAGGGAGGCUAGAUUAUUUCUUCUAUUAAUACUACACAUAAAUGUAUUUAUUUAUAAAACCAAGGUACAUACCGAGUGCUGCUAGUGGUAGAAUAAAUAGAGCUGUCUUUUUUUCUUUGCAAAUUGUUUGCAUGAUUGAAGGACAUUCACAAGGAUACAUAAGAAUCUGUAAUCCAGAUUUAACUUGAAAUCAAAAAAGAGUGCAGUUACAAUAAACACAUACCUGAUAGCUUAAGGGUACAGUAUACUUACCAGCUGUGCACUAGUAGACUGAUGUGGUAUGUCAAAAUGAGUGCAGGUUGCUUGAUAUUUUUUCUUAAGUAAAACUCUUAGGUGUUCUCAUCACAGCUGCCGUUAACAUGCCAUGAAUGAUUUUGGCUCUGCUCUGGAAGGAGCUGGUAGUUAGAGAAGACUGUCGAUGAUUAGCAAAGAGCAUAAAACUCAUGUGGAGCCAGCCCCAACAUAAAUGAGACCACCUGUUCUUAAUAGCCAGUAUGUGGAAGUUUAAUACUUUCAUUUCAGAACAAUGUCAUAUUAAUUUCAACAGAAAUGAGGAAUUCAAACCUAACGGGUUGGUUAUCUGCUACAGGUUAGUCAGAUGUAAUCUCACAAGCUACCUUAGACUGCACAUGUAGCAGUGUGCAUAUUUGACUAGACAGUGUAAUUGUAUUUUGGUACGGUAGAUCCUUGUGCUACAUAAGUGUUGUUGGUGCACUAAAUCACCAGUGGAAAGAACUACACAAUUGUCCCAGUUAAGGUAAGUCCAGACUUCUGAAUUAGUGGCAGAUGAACUGCGUCUUCCCCUUCAUGUAUUAAGAGAAUACUUGAAUUUGGUUGGCACGGAUGUUGCAAACUUCCUGGCAUGUGCCACGCUUCAGGAAAUCUUAUCUUUCCAGUCUGUUUAUAAAAGCUUUUUUGUUGUUGUUUUUGUGUGUUUUUUGUGUUUUGUUUUGUUUUUUUACUUCUGUGAGUUGGAUAUUUGCUACAGCACAUACUCUCUUCUGGAAGACAGCAGCAGAAGCAAUUAUAGUUGAACACAUUGAUGAGAAGAUGAAAUACGUUCUGGAAGUAAAUAGCCUUGUACACUACCGCAGCUACAAUGAGGGCUGCUCGAGGUGGUGUCAAAUGGACACUAACACUAUUACACCAUUUUUCAAGCAAACUUGCUACUCAGGCAACUAAGUGUAAGGCUAUUUAGCCAAUGAAUGCUAUCUUUUGCAAGGGGUGAUGAAUUUUUAUUUUUUGCUUUUAAGUUGUAUAUAAGCACAAAGAAACAUAGGAGUAAGGAGGCAUGCUGGAUUCCUUGAGAUGGGUUUUCUUGUCACGAUUACGAGAACCUCUCCAUGUCACUUUUCUAACAGGUACUGCAAAACCAACAGUCUCAGCCUUCUGGUGCACAUCCUGUAUCUGUGUCUGUUACUUAUACCAUCAGCCAGUUUCUAUCCAGCCCUGAGUUCUAACCUCUGUCUUUACUGCUGUGUUCUACAGUUGUUCUCAAAUCUCUAAUCAGAAGAGUUGGCUUAACGGCAAAUGAUCGUUUCUACAAAGGUCUGGUUUUUUUUUGUUGCUGCUUGGGUUGCUGGUACUGCUGAAUCUCGCUGUCCUCAGUGCCAACACUGGAUCCAUAUUGAAAUAUUCACAGCCAGACUUCAGGGCUAUGCAUGCAGAAACAAAUAAUAAAAUUGAAUCUCUGGUCUUGCAUGUAAA